CUGACCAAGAAGGAGAAACAGCGAAAAACUCCUGAGAAACCUCGACUGAUGAGGCAAAGCUGAAGGCUUUCUGCUCCAAAAAAACUUAAAGGCUAGUCCACUUCUAGACCUCCUCUUGUCUUUCCUCUCUCUAUCACCUUACUCUAGCACCAGAUUCCUCCACCAUGCCUCCUCAGCUUCAGUCCCAGAGCCAGAGUGGUCCCAGGAUCCUGCAGGGCGAUCUCAGUGCCCUAAGCCCUGCCGUCAGGGAGUUCGUGGAUGCGAACGUGACCCUGUGCCAGCCCGACUCCAUCCACAUCUGUGAUGGCUCUGAAGAGGAGAACCGAGCCAUCCUGGCCCAGCUGGAGGAGCAGGGGAUGAUCAAGAAGCUCAGCAAAUAUGAGAACUGCUGGUUGGCCAGGACCGACCCAAGAGACGUGGCUCGUGUGGAGAGCAAGACUGUGAUCGUGACUCAGGACCAUAGGGACACCGUACCCACACCUGUAGGAGGUGGAAUCAGCCAGCUUGGUCGCUGGAUGUCCCCUGAAGAGUUUGACAAAGCCAUGGGUCAAAGGUUCCCCGGCUGCAUGAAAGGUCGCACCAUGUAUGUGAUUCCCUUCAGCAUGGGUCCAGUCGGGUCCCCUCUCUCCAAGAUUGGAGUGGAGUUGACAGACUCGCCCUACGUGGUCGUCAGUAUGAGGGUCAUGACCCGUAUGGGAACUGCUGUGCUCUCUGCUUUGGGGACUGACGAGUUCGUCCGCUGUCUGCACUCCGUUGGCUGUCCUCUGCCUCUCAAAAAGCCCUUGGUGAACAACUGGCCCUGCAACCCUGAGCAGACUUUGAUUGCCCACAUCCCGGACCGCAGACAGAUCGUGUCAUUCGGCAGUGGUUAUGGAGGAAACUCCCUGUUGGGGAAGAAGUGCUUUGCUCUGCGGAUCGCAUCAAGAAUUGCCAAGGAGGAGGGCUGGCUGGCAGAGCACAUGCUGAUCCUUGGUAUUACUAACCCUGCUGGAGAGAAGAAGUACAUGGCAGCAGCCUUCCCCAGCGCCUGUGGGAAGACAAACCUGGCCAUGCUCUGCCCAACGCUCCCCGGCUGGAAAGUCGAAUGUGUAGGAGAUGACAUCGCCUGGAUGAAGUUUGACGACCAAGGCAAUCUGCGUGCCAUCAACCCUGAGAAUGGCUUCUUUGGGGUUGCACCAGGAACCUCAGCCAAAACCAACCCCAAUGCAAUGGCAACCAUCGUCAAGAACACGGUCUUCACCAACGUAGCAGAGACCAGUGAUGGUGGAGUUUACUGGGAGGGGAUGGACCAGACACUGCCUGAGGGAGUCAGCAUCACCUCCUGGAAGAACAAGCCCUGGAGCUCCCAAGAUGGUGAACCCUGUGCUCAUCCCAACUCCCGUUUCUGCACUCCGGCUGAUCAGUGUCCCAUCAUUGACCCACAGUGGGAAUCCCCAGAAGGUGUCCCGAUUGAGGCCAUCAUCUUUGGAGGGCGCAGACCAGAAGGUGUCCCUCUGGUUUAUGAGGCUUUCAGCUGGCAGCAUGGCGUGUUUGUUGGUGCAGCCAUGAGAUCAGAAGCCACUGCCGCUGCCGAACACAAAGGGAAGGUAAUCAUGCACGACCCCUUCGCCAUGCGCCCCUUCUUUGGCUACAACUUUGGACAGUACCUCUCUCACUGGCUGAGCAUGGCCAACCAUCCUAAGGCCAAGCUGCCCAAGAUCUUUCACGUCAACUGGUUCCGCAAGAGCCCCACCGCCGGAUUCCUCUGGCCCGGCUUUGGCGACAACAUCCGGGUGUUGGACUGGAUGUUCAGGCGGAUAAACGGCGAGGCCGGUGCCAUGCCCUCCGCCGUGGGCUACCUGCCCUGCAGCAGCUCCCUGAACCUCCAGGGCCUGCAGCAGAACGUGGACCUUGACGAGCUGUUCUCCCUGGAUCAGGAGUUCUGGCAGAGGGAGGUGGAGGAGGUGAGGAAGUACUUCACCACACAGGUGAACGACGACCUGCCCAACGAGGUCGCCCGACAGCUGGAUCUCCUGCAGCAGAGAGUGAACCAGAUGUGAAGAGGGAGAGUAGAGAAGGAAAGAAAAAAGUUAAAGCAUUUCUAAUGUUAGUGACUGUAGAACUGCUAGUUUAUAAUUCUAGACUUCAAGUAGAAGACUAAGGAACUAUAAAUUAUAGUUAAGAAUGUACAAUUUGGCAUUGUUGACCUCCAUUUUUAAAAAAGAAAUUCUUUAUUAAGCCUUUAUUUGGCCUUAUGGCUUCAUCAAAGAGUGAAAAUUAUCCUUCACUAACUAAUUUUAAGGUUAAAAUAUCUUCUUUUACUUGUUUUUGUCAGCUAAAAAUCCUUCUGCCUAUUUUGGCUCAGGAUAUUGACAUGAAUGUUUCUCUUCUUGCUCUCAUAGCACGUCUAUUUUAUUCAAACUACCAUUCAGGAGUCUGAAUUCUACUAUUUAAUAACUUAUUAUGAGUGCACAGCAUACUGUCAUCGCCGUUUAUGGCACAGAAAGAGUAAAGGAGUCCACUUUAGCUCAUCUCCAGUGUUGUUUUUAACCCCAGGAAAUUUGGGGAAAUUUAUGUUUUCUGUUUGUAAUGUUAUUUUUUGCUUUAAUUUAUUUUUGUACUCUGUUAGUAUCUCUUGGCCCCCAGUAGGGGAGUAAAAACAUAAUAAAGUAUUUAAA